AUGUACUUAUCAUCAUUGGUUUGGUUUACGCUGGCAAUUCUAGCUUUUGCAGCGAUCGCCUGUGGUGGCGAAUGUCAAAUAGGUGGACCUGUGUUCCUUCCUGACUAUCGUCUGCCAACUUUUUGUCGUUCAAGAGAUCACGUUGAAUACGUUAGAUUUCCUCGUAGUUUUGAUCAAAUCCCCCAGAUAGCUGUUGCACUUACUGGAUUCGAUUUCACGGCAGAUACAAGUGUAAGAGUUCACGUGACAGCUGAAGGUGUUACUCAGCACGGCUUCAACCUUCGAUUUUAUGGCGAGACUGGCUCGAACGUAUACGUUUCAUGCUUCCACCAUGCGAGUGCAAUGUGGACAGCUUGUACUUAA